AUGGCGGGCCGAAGGAGCGAUCUUUAUGUCUUUGGAGAAGACUUUGAUGCUAUCAUGGAUAUCCUGGAAGAAGAAGAAGACUUAGAUGGACAGUUUGAAAGCUUAGUUAGCGAUGUUCAAUCGACGGAAAUUAUAUGCAGUGACUGUGGUAAAAAAUACAAGUCCAGUGGAGGAUACCGAAGACACAGAAAUGCCAAACACAGUGAUCAGCCCCAACCAGUGUCUCUGACACCGAGCAUUCUUGCUGAAAUUGUGAAUGAUGCCUUGCAAAAGGUUAAAGAAAACAAAGUAUUCAGUGUUGACUUGCGGAAGGAAUUUAAGCACUAUGAAUAUAAACAGCCCAAUGAAACUGAGGGAUUUUGUGUGUUUAAAACACUGUAUGAUGGAUACUUGAAAAAUGGAGACACUGAAAAGUUUUAUGGAAAAUAUCAUUCUCAGGUUCCAUUGAAAUCUACAACCUUUUUCAGAGGGUUAUCCAGAAAUGCAGCUACAUUGUAG